UUGACGAUCAGAAAGAAAAGCUGGUGGAUCUUCCUUCUCAAAUCUCCUCCCAUUCCCUCUAUAAAUAACCUCAAGUACUCGCAAUUCAUCUUCCAGUCCAGUUCCUCUGCUUCUUCUCUGUUUUCCUUCCUAGUAAGCGGAGUUCCUUUCCUUGAUUGGCUCCUCUGUUUUCUUCUUCUUCUUCUUCUCCUUCCGCGGGAGGAAGUAGAGAGACGGAGGUGCACCGUGCACAUGGACGAGAAGUGGAAGCUGUCGAAGAAAGGGAGCAGGAACGGGAGCCGGCGGAGCAGCGCGUCCACGGCCACGGAGGCGGAGGCGGCGGCGGGGGCGCGGCCGUGCUCGCGGCGGUGUGCGAGGCUGGUGAGGGAACAGAGGGCGAGGUUCUACAUCAUGCGCCGCUGCGUCACCAUGCUCGUCUGCUGGAGAGAGUGCUGACUGGUUUGACUCCUUGAGAUCGUCGCCGUUGCCGGAAAAACACCAUUCAGUGGAAGAAACCAAAAAAGAAAAAAAAAAACACGAAGAUUGAAGACAAAUUUGAUGAUCUGCAAGAGAUUGAUCUCGUUCAAUCUCUCUCUCUCUCGUUCUCUAUGACUGUUCGGCCUUUGGCGAAGUUCUUGUUUACUUGGACGGUGAGAGGGAGUGAGCCGGUGAGCAAGGAAAUCGAUGAUCGUUGAGAAAUUAAGAAUAAAAAAUAUAUAUUUUAAGAAAUAAUACAAUUAAGUUUUCAUUUUCA